UGCAACCUGAGACUUCUGGGGUGAAACAGGAAACAACUCCAGUUAAAAAGAAAAUAGUUAUUCAGGAACGUCAAUACACCGAUCAACUCAUUGACUGUGCCCAAUCAGCUGUGUGGCUUGGAUUUGGUAGUUUUUUUAUAGGCGCAUUUAGCGUUCCCUAUAUCAUCAGAAAAUUGAGAUUCAUCCCGUCAACGAGAGAAUUACGGUUAACAGUCGGAGUGAUAAGUGGAUUUGUUAUAGGUCAAAAUACAAUUAAAUACGCAAAGGAAAAUUGUCAGAACAAAUUAGCAGAAACGUACGAUUAUAUACCAUAUGAACUCUAGUCGCUGAGAUUUAAAAAUGAUAUCAAUGUACAGAUGGAAACAUCUUGCUCAGCUCUUCCCUUCAUACUGUCAGAAAACAUGCUUGGACUCUACGAUCAUAAGUAAAGUUUCUCAAAAAUCUUGGACAAUGGCCAGAUUCAUUAGUGAAUGUUCGGAGAACGAAAAGCCACAGCUCCCGGAGGUCAAUCUAGACUCUGAGUAUAAAGAGAUAUCCAGACAGUAUCUUAACCCGAGUAUUGCUGGCCAUGGAGCCUUGAUUAUUCAGCCCCACAUCAAACACGGACCUAAUAAAAGAAAAAAUACGACUGCUGAUUUGCAACUACGAGAAGCAGUAGCUCUCACAGAAACACUGAACAAUUGGACUGUGAUUGACGCAAUACGCAUUGGACUGAUGUCUCUCAAGAGAAAGCAGUUGUUCGGAAAAGGAAACCUGGAGAUGCUGAGGAACAGAGUCAGGAGUGAUCCCAACAUCACUGCAGUCUUCAUUAGCAUUAAUUUGUUGAGACAUGUUCAGGUGACGGAACUUCAAACUGUACUGGGAGUUCCAGUUUACGAUAGAUAUUCGAUAGUCAUUCAGAUAUUUCGGGAGCACGCAAAGACGACUGCCGCGAAGCUCCAGGUGGCUCUCGCUGAGUUGCCUUAUAUCUGGAAAAAAAUUGCUCUAACCGAGGAGGACACAGGGGGAAAGAUCAACCUGAAUGAGUCAAGGAGGAUGGUGCUACAUGCUAGGGAAGCCAAGUUGAAAAACUCAUUGAAGAAACUCAAAGAACAUAGGAAGAUGAUCAGGAGUAGCAGAAUUGUCAAGGAUAUUCCUAGUGUAGCAGUUGUGGGAUACACCAAUGCUGGCAAGACCUGUCUCAUCAAAGCACUGACUGGGGACGAGUCCCUUGUGCCGGAGAAUAAAUUGUUUGCGACGUUGGAUACUACUGCUCAUGCGGGGCUGUUACCUUGCAGAUUAAAGGUUCUUUAUAUGGACACUAUUGGCUUCAUCCAGGACAUCCCUGAGGACUUGAUUGAACCCUUUAUAGCUACUUUCGAGGAUGCAAUUUUAGCGGAUGUCAUUGUCCAUGUAUUUGACGCGAGUCACCCCGACAAAGAGGCGCAGAUAGACCACGUACGUGAAACACUUUCCAGAAUUAUGGUAGAUUUAAAAACCGAGGACAAACCGAUAAUCGAAGUCGCUAAUAAAUGCGACUUGAUACCGAGUGGAACAUUGGCGGAAAAUAUCUUGGGAGUAUCCGCAGUCAAUUCCACUGGUAUUGAUUUACUGAGGCAACAGAUUGAGAGGGAAUUGUUAUCUGCUACGGCGAGAACUUCGAUGGUAAUUAGAGUUAAAUCGGGAAGUUCUACUGCAGCAUGGCUUUACAAAGAGAUCACUGUUACCAAUGCUGAAGCUGAUCCAGAAAAUCCCGAGUAUAUACUGUUAAAUGUUGUUGCAACACAAUUUCAACUUCAUAGAUUUAGAAAAUUUUUGAAAAAUAAAUGAGUCUUCUCUCAGCAUUGGAAA